AUGCAGGGCGCCUUUGACGAAGGUCGUUCCGCCACGAAGAACUACCAGCUGCUGUUGGUCGGAGUCCGGCUGGGAGACGAGCUGGUCGUUGUGCAAGUGGAGCAUGCUGACCAUGGCGGCCGUAUGCCGCUGGCCAUGUGUGAGCUGCAAAAGAGAGGAGAUCUCCUUCAUUUGUCCAGUGUGAUGGUUCGGCCGUCCUUUCGACGCCUGGGGCUGGCGCGGCAACUGCUCCGAAAAGCGCGACGCAUUGCCAG